AUUGGAAAAUUUCUAAGUUUUAUUCUGAGACAUCGGCCUGAAACCAUCAAUUUAGAAUUAGACGAAAAUGGUUGGGCAAAUGUUGCAGAAUUAAGAUCAAAAUCGGCCAAUCGGCGGUCAAUGCAUUUCACGUUAGAAGAGCUCGACGAGGUGGUGGAAACGAAUGAUAAAAAACGGUUUAUUUUCAACGAAGAUAGAACAAAAAUCAGAGCAAACCAAGGUCAUUCGAUUGAUAUUGAUUUAGCACUAAAACCACAACAGCCACCAGAAUUUCUCUAUCACGGAACGGCUCAGAAUAAUGUCACAUCCAUUUUGAAAAACGGAAUCGACAAAAGACGCCGACAAUACGUUCAUUUGAGUAUUGAUGAAGGAACUGCAACCAAAGUCGGAAUGCGCCACGGUAAACCCACCAUUCUAACUGUCAGAACGGGGAAAAUGUUUGAAGACGGAGUUGUGUUUUAUCGUUCAGAAAACGGAGUCUGGCUGACGAAUUUUGUGGAUGCAAAAUAUAUUUCAGAGUACAAUAAUGAAAAGAACUUUAGUAGAUCACAAGGAAAUCGUUCAACUUCUCGUCAUGAAACGAGUCAGUAUUCACGCAAAGAACGAUGAUGGAUAUACAUCUUUUGAUACAGCUCUCAUCAUUGUUAACUUAUGAGUUGCCUUAUAGACUUAACUUUCAACGUUUUUGAAUAGACCGCCAACGAUCCUGUGAACAAUGACACCAUCGAUGAAUCAAUGGCACCGGUGACAGAAACGGGUGCACAGG